AUGGCAGAUACAAGUCAUGAAGUAAUCGACUUUUCUACUGAGUAUAGUAGAGAGCACCAACACAUUGGCAAAUGUCUCAUUAUCAACAACGAAAACUUUACUGGUCAGCCUCAUCUUCAGAGGUUUGGAACAGAAGUGGAUGGUGAAAAACUGAGGGUGACUUUUCGAAUGCUGGGUUUCAAUGUACGGAUGGAGAAAGAUUUAUCUGCAGCAGACAUGAAACGCGUUCUCCAUGAUGUUUCUGAGGAGGAUCACAGCGACAAGUCUUGCUUUGUGUGUGUCCUCCUGAGUCACGGGGAGCCGGCACUGCUGAUGGGGGCUGAUGGAGCUUCCGUGCCCAUCAGGAUGCUGGCCUCCACCCUCUCCUCACAACACUGCCACAGCCUCAGAGGAAAACCCAAACUCUUCUUCAUACAGGCAUGCAGGGGGCAGAAGAUGGAUGCUGGUGUGGAGACUGACUCUACACAGCAUGAAGAUGACUUGGAAGAGGAGUUCGCCGGGGUGUCAGAGAUUCCAGAAGAGGAUUUUCUCUGUUUUCAUUCUACUAGCCCAAGCUACUACUCUUGGAGAAAUCAGUUGUCUGGAUCAGUCUUCAUUGACUCUCUAUGUAAUUUGUUGACGCACCAUAGAAAACAGGAAUUAAUCAAGAUACUGACCAGGGUCAGUUGUCAGGUGGCAACAACUUUCCACUCUCGAACUAGUCAGAGGGAGAGUCAUGGAAAAAGACAAAUGCCCUGCAUUAUCUCCCGACUUACCAAGGAGUUUUACUUUAGAAAAAAACACUGAACAGACAGAGCAUUUUUAUGUUGAAUUAUUUAACCAAACUGGGCUGCGUUUCCCCAAAAACCUUAAGUAAUAUAGCCUAAGUAGUACUUAAGUAUGAGGGGCUUCCUAGGCAAUAUAUUAGAAAUAGGUCUCACUUCAUCACUAAAAGUCUAUGCCCACACUAUUUUACCUUGUCAAUGCUCUUAGCGCAACCAUUUUAUUUGCAUGUGCACGAAAAAAAUAUUGUAUGUAUGUAUGAUUGUACGCACAUUUUUUUUAGUGUGGUAUAUUGCCUAGGGGGGCCCUCGUACUUAAGUGCUACUUACCGUAGGCUUAAGAACAACUUAAGGGUUUUUGGGAAACGCAGCCCUGGUCGAUGUGGAAGUCAUUUUGAAAUACAGUACCUCAAUGUAGUGACAUGUGCCAAAUCAAUAUCUUCUCGAAACUCUCAGGUGACUCCACAUUUUACUCUUUUCACAAAGUUUGAUAACCACACUGGACCAAAGUAAUGUGGAUUAGUUGAAUGGUGUGUUAAUAAGCUCAUCAUUAAUACAGCAAAUAUCCAACU